AUGACUUUUUUUCUUGUAAUAAUCUUGGCAAUUUCGUCAUCCAACUACAAUGUUUUGGCCGUCUCCGGGCCACCGAAAUGCAUUGCUCUAUGUAGGCCAGGGUAUUACGAACGUUUUGAAUGCUUCCAUGAUUGUAUAACGGAAGGGUAUGAUGAUGGGAGUUGUGUUCCAGGGCCUACAACAGCAAAAUGUGGCAUAAUCACAAAAACAACAAAUAAAAUUUGUUACUCCUUUGCUUUCGAAUGA